AUGAUCCUCGAUAAUGGAUACUAUCAACAUGCGCUAAUACUGGAAUGGCAACCUAUUCCCAUUUCCUCCACAUCCACUGUACGUAAAUUGAGCACAUCGAAGUUGAGCAGUCACAUUUACCUUUGUCACCAGGAGGGAGGAAACACACUGAAAAUUACAAAAGUUCAAGCUGUUAUUGAAAAGACAGUACAAGAUUUACUUCGAGAUACGAGCUAA